GCCCCACCGCCAGCAGCUGCACCAGCGGUUACUUCUCCCACAGUGCCUCAGACGCCACGCUCUCUGACGUGCCAUUCGGGGCCAGCGACAGCUCCGACCAGCUCAGCGCCUCCGCAGUGGCUCAAGACAGAAAUGACCCUGACCGGGAAACCCACAACCUCCACCCCCACGAGUCCCCCUCCUUCCACUGCACCAGCACGGCCCGAGGCUGUGUCCAGACCAGAAGUGUCUCGCCGUGGGGUGACACCCCGACCCCUGCGUGUCCCCCCGGCGUCCCCUCCCAGCCCCUCCCCACCCCCCAAACCACCACCUCCCCCUCCUCCCCUGUCAGUAUUCCUAACUGCUCAGAGCAGCCACCCUCCCCGCGGCCCCGCAGGUGUGUCCUCAGCGUCAGCCAGGAGUUUACAGACUUCAAGGGGGCCGACGACGGCAUGGAGGAUCUGGGUGAGCUGGGACACUUCCAGCCUGGGGAUGCACCACACAUAUCCCCUGUCCCAGCGGAGGAGGAGAAAGGGGGCUCUGACAGCAGGCACCAGACCUCUGACAAAGACCUGGUCGUCAUCAACACACAACAACAACAACAUACAUCUCACCCAGGUAACGCCCAGCUCCCUCAGCCCCACUCACACCUCCACAACGGCAAACAGUGUAUUGGCAGCGUAGCCGUGCCCUGCCCACCACCCUCCAGCCCGCCAGGCCAGCUAGCAGGAGGAGAGCCCCAGAUCCAGGAGCCAAUCCAGGGAGACCUCCCUCCAGGGAGCCCCUGUCCCAGCCCAAGCUGCCCUAGCCCCAACCCCAGCAGCACUGAGGCCUCUGGGGACGAGGGCUCUGGUUCUCCGGUGGCCCAGCUGCCUGACUGGAUGGCUCCCGGGGAGCAGGUAUGGGUGGGGAAGAGGAGCGGCACGGUGCACUACGUCGGCGGGGUGGAGUUCGCCAAGGGGAUCUGGGUCGGGGUGCAGCUGGACCUGGCUGUGGGCAAGCACAACGGGACAGUCCAGGGAGGUUUACUUCCGCUGUCCUCCAGGCCACGGGGUGUUCGUCAAGCCCUCCUGUCUCACUAG